AUGGAGACUUAUGGGUUGCGGCCGCGGCCACGGGGGCCACAGCUGCAUCAUCGUUUGCAACGAGUCAUUAAAUGGAAAUGGGGCGGCGAGGACAGGGCCAACUACAUGGAUCCCUCCAUUUACAGGGCAGUCCUCUCGGGCGACACCGCUGCCUUCCAAUGCAUCUUAGACCAACAUCCAGACCUCAUCGAUUGUCUAGACCAGGUAGCGACCUCCCGCGGAGAGACUGUACUUCACAUCGCUGCGAGGCUGAACCACACCCAACUUCUGGAACACCUCCUCGCUAGAUUCCCAGCUCUAUACUCGACCGUCAACUCCAACGAAGACCACCCUCUCCACGUCGCGGCCGCAGCCGGCCAUUUGUCUGCCGUCGAGUGCUUGAUCAGAGACAGAGCCAGUGACCGGCUAACGGUCGAGAAUAUUGAGCUUUUCUUGAAAUCCGGUAAUAUAAAGGGGAACACUGCGUUACACGAGGCCGUACAGAGCCAUAACUACGAGGUGGCUAAGUUUCUGUUCACGGUGGCGCCUGAACUCUCCUAUUCGUUGAAUUCAGAUAACGUGUAUCCUCUGUAUAUGGCGGCUGAAACAGGAAAUGAGGAGCUCGUUGAGCUUAUGCUGCAAUACAUUGUUUCGAUCCCCGAUUAUCAAAACCCAGAUGGGCCACCAAAAAUAGCGUUAUUGACUGAAGGGGGUUCACUUGUCCAUGCUGCCAUUAGAAAUCGGAAUCAAGGUUAUCUUGAUGGAGUUCUCUUCAUAGUGGAGAGAUUUGCUGACCACACAUACUGGAGAGAUCCCUUCGGCUGGUGCUGUCCCAUUCACAUGGCAGCCAUGAAAGGCCACGUAGAAGUCGUCCGAGAGUUCCUAGAACGUUUCCCUGAUUCGAGAGAGCUACUAAACGGGUCCGGUCAAAACAUCCUUCAUAUGGCCGCCGAGAGUGGCAGAGCCAAGGUUGUUAGCUAUAUUCUCCAAUUGCCGGAGCUUGAGAUGCUUCUCAACGAAACAGAUAAAGAAGGAAAUACCCCACUACAUUUGGCCACCAUUGUGGCUCAUCCAAAGGUUGUGAGUAUUCUCACAUGGGACAAGAGAGUUAGGUUAGACCUAAAGGAUGAUAAAGGUCACACCGCCAUGGAUGCUGCGCUGAGGUCCUCCAACGAUGAUUGGCCAUCUUUCGACAGGGAUUUUUGCUCUCUUUCAGUGCGGCUAGCGUGGUUGGCAUUGAAACAUGCAAAUGCACCAAGAAGCAAGCAUAAUCCUACCAACCAGACACGAAGUCAUGAUAUAGACGAAUAUCUGCUAUCUAUUGCCCAGACACCAAAUCUUGAUGAUACGAUAGCGUCGUUCAUGUUGACGGCAACACUUAUUAUGACCGUGACAUUUGCUGCUGGUCUCGCAGUGCCUGGUGGAUUUAACGGCUCUGAUUCCAAUCCCAAGGGUAUGGCAAUUUUGGUCAAAAAGGCAGCAUUCCAGGCAUUUGUGAUCAUCAAUACAACGGCUUUUUACAGCUCCAUGGUGGCUGUCCUUGCACUCAUAUGGGCGCAAAUGGGUGAUUUGUAUCGAAUCAAAACUUUCCUCCGAUUGGCAGUUACAUUACUUGGUAUAUCUCUCACAACGGUCUCUCUGUCAUUCAUGGUGGGCGUUUCUCUUGUGGUGAGCAACCUCAGUUGGCUCCCUUGUGUUGUUUUAGUCGUGGGCUCUAUCUUCCUUUUUUCUGGCUUGACACUCUUGCUUCUGCUCUCUCUCCCGUCUUCCCUCAACCAUCAAGCAUUGCGCUACAUCGUUUACUAUCCAUUUUGUCUUCUGAUAUUUAUUGCCGACUUGAAUCCCCAAGGUCAUAUAGAUCCAGGUCGUCAAUUAGGUCUAGAAGAAGAUUCAGAUGGCGAAAGUUCAUGUUACAUGGUACGUGAUGAAGAUUUAGAUGGCGAAGAAUCAGAUCAUAACAGUGUAAGUGAUGAAGAUCCAGAUGGCGAAGAAUCAGAUCAUAACAGUGUAAGUGAUGAAGAUCCAGAAGACAGAAUCAGAUGA